UGGAAGGUUGACAAUAUUACGCCGGCUUACAGAUGCGGUGAAGCCAAACAUACCUGAAAAUCCAGGCUGUGUGUGGCAUCAAUAGUUAAAAACAGCUAAAAUGAAAAGUAUUCCUACCCAACUGUUAUGAAUAAAAGUCUCAUUUUAUUACCAUACAGAAUUAAUCUCCAACAUGACAGAUCAAGUGACAUGUUGACAUGUGUUUUAUUUGGAGAUAGCUUUAAGAAAUGGGUGCGGGUGAGUGGGACAAAAUGCUACCAGAACCAGAACUUCUUGGGAGAUACUUCCAUGAACAGUUCAAAGUUUUACCUGAUCACCAAAGGAGAAAAGCGGAAUGGAAGAAAGGGAAAACUGCAAAACUGUCGAAAGGAAAAGAGAAAAGGAAAGUCAAAGUAGAACCUUGUGGAGAAAUUACAAAUCUGUCAAAUCCACCAGACGUUGAAUUAUCAACCAACGCAUCAAGUUUCGCCGUAUUCGCCAAUGUUCGGCAAGCGGUGCUGGAGCGAUGGGUUAAACAAGCCUGUCAGAUUUACUUAUCUUCUUCGUCCAGUGUUCCCGCAACCGAUGGGAACAAUGAUGUUGAAAGUGACAGUGAAGAUAACACAGACAAAGUCAGGGAUAACAUCUUGAAAGUUCCAAAGAUAGUUGGUGUUGGCCUAAGAAGUGUGUUUGAAUUAAUUCGAGAGAGUCGGUCGUCACAUCCUGUGCUGUGCACCAAAGCACUUGGUGCUCUACUAGAUGUUGUUCAGGGCCAGCAACCUGAGGGUCUAAAGAAUGAACCAGCUGAAGUGAUUGAACCACUGUUUGAUCUGUUACUGGAUCUGGCUACUUCGCAUGGGCCAGAAACAGCAGCUGUUGAUGAUGGGAGUCACUUGACAGCAGUGGCCUGUUCAUGCCUUCUAGCCCUUGUUGUUGUUCGUGGUGACACAGGACGUCUUCUCAAUGCAACUGCUGCUCUUCUAAUGUCACCACGUGCAUUAGCACUGCAGAAUAUUCAUAUGCCAGCAGUGUUAACAGCACUUCAGAGGAGUGUCCACGGGGUUUUGCUUGGUAAACUUGUUCGACCAGAUUGGAUUUCCCACGGUGUUCCUAAAACAUCAAGAAUUGAUUCAUUUCAUGUCAAGAUUGGCACAGAUAUUCACAGCAGUCAGACCACAAAAUCACUGGCAAGUGAUGGACAAUAUUUAUACUUAUAUACGUCAAAAGGUCUUUUCAAGAUAGGCUCUGGUUAUGGUGGAACUGUAAAGGCUAACAUAUACAUCCACAAAUCAGAUUUCUUUAUUGAUGAAAAAGGAUGGCUAGGAUUUGCUUAUGGAAUGCUGUACUUCAAAUUUGUUGGGAAAAAAGGCUGUGAGUUACUGCUUAUGGACAGAGAAUCAUUGAAAGUCAUGGAUAUUGUUUCCCUGGAAGGGAAAGAUUGUGGUUCUUGCGUAAUGUUUUCUGAUGGAGAAAAUCUUGGAAUGAUUACAGCAGCAAAAGAUGAUGGUUUUGUUGUUCGUACAAUAAAUCCUACCAGUUCACCCGUUGUGUCAGUCAAUGAACUUCCCCUUAAGUUAGCAAGAAAAUGUGUUGAUGUUUUUGGAUAUGCUACAUUUGAUGAAGAAACCAUGAUACACACUGUACAGAUUGGCUAUGAUGAAGAAAUAGCCGUGAUUGCUGCAGGGAAGGAUUUUGGUUUAAUAAGAACUAACUCAGGAAAGGUCUUUUAUUGUGGCAAAUCAGCAAGUCUAGGAAUCAAACAAGGAGGCCUCAGAAAUGGCAAAUGGGCUGAACUACCAAUCACUAAGUCUCCUAAAAUAACCCACUUUGCUGUUGGUCAUGAAGGUCUUCAUGCAGUACUGAUCUCUGAAGAUGGAUCUGUGUUUUUUGUCGGAACAGCAAGAAGAGGAGAAGAUGGCGAUCAGAGUAAAGCCCGUAGGCAGCCAAAACCUGUAAAGCCAAAGAAAAUGGUUAAAGUUGAGGGCCAAGUUAUUGUACAUGCUGCAUGUAAUAAUGGCACCACAGCUCUUGUUACAAGGGAAGGGGAACUGCUUAUGUUCGGCAAAGAUACAGCUCACUGUGAUCCUGCUACAGGACUUGUGACAGAACUGAAGGAUGUGCACGUAACUCAAGUGGCCUUAGGUAAAGCACAUGCUGUUGUAUUAACAAACAAAGGCCAUAUUUACACAUUUGGAAUAAAUAACAAAGGGCAGUGUGGUCGCGAUUUUGCUGCCCAAGUUAAGGAAGUUCCAAUGGUGACAGCUAUGGAGACAGCAGCAGAAGAGGAAGUGGAUGAAGAUGAUCUGGAUUGGGAAGAUGCACAAGAGUUAAUGUGCCCUCCAGGUACACACAAAUGGAAACAUGAUCAGUGCAUGGUAUGCACAGUGUGCCGUGAAUGUACUGGGUACAGCAUCAGCUGUUUGAGCAGCAUACGGCCUGACCGUAAUCCUGGACAAGAAUGUGGUUGUGGUGAGGGAGACUCAGGUUGUGCUGAAUGUGGCUGUUGCCGCAUAUGUGCGCGAGAGAAUGUGGACAAUUCAGAACUAGCCAUCCUAGGUCCAAGUGGAGCAGGCGAUCUAGCUGCAGGUCGACAAGGAGUGCAACUGCAGCAGCGUUUAGAAGAACGUCGUCGACGGCAAAGGAGUAAACAAUCUGGCAAACAGCAUGGAUUGGUCUCUAGUUCAGCAAGCAGUUCUCGCACGAAAGGUUUAGGCUCAAGAGUAUCCCCCGGCCCAUCUGUCUCUGUUUCUCCAGCUGGGCUUAGAACUACCCAUGCAUCAAUUGCAGGUGAAGAACAAGCUGGAGGAAGUGAUGCAGAACGAGAAGCAACUCGCACAGCGCAACUGUUUCCAGCUCGUGUUGUUCUACCUUCCAGUCACGGAACAUCAACUGUCGCACAGGUCAGCUGUGGUCUGCACCACACAGUACUGCUGCUCUCAGGAGGUGAGGUACUGACAUUUGGCAGCAAUACCAGUGGUCAACUGGGCCUAGCAGACUUGACUCCACGAGGGGUGCCAACAAGAGUGAAGCUUCCUCACACCGCAGUCCAGGUUGCGGCAGGCAGCAGCCAUACUGUCAUUCUCUCUUCAAGAGGAGAGGUCUAUACAUUUGGUAGUUUCCAGAAAGGCCAACUUGGUCGUCCCGCUCCGCCACCAGGCCACGAAGCAGCCGGUAACAGUAGCCGAAAAGAUGGUCGUCCACCAAGAGAUGGUCCCUGGUAUUCGAUUCCAGGCCUUGUGCCAAACAUUGGGCCCCGACAUGGUCGAAGGGCAACAUGGGUUGCUGCUUCUGGGGACCAGACAUAUCUCAAAAUUGAUGAGAGCCUCAUUAAUUCCUUGAGCCUGACACGCUCUACGGUCAUGGCCAACAAGCAGAGUAUAAUUUUGCUCCCGACACAGAGUGAUCACAUAAGUUCCUUUAAGUGUUUAGUGAUCAACAAACGUGAUGGAAACUGUAGCAGUUUCAGUGGACCAGAUCAGGUGGACUUCUCCCAUACUGCAACUUGUCUUGAUCCACUGUACAAUGUGCUUUGGAGUUACCACCCAGGCAACCAAGAGCUCGCAUGUUACAACGUUGUAGCAAGUGAAGUACCACCUAUAGAGCACUCUGUACAGCCAAAUCUUUCUAUCUUGAGUCCCGAGCUGGCACUUCCUGUCAUUCCUCACUGCCACGUGACACGCUCUCAGGCCGCCUUGCAUCUUCUCGGUUGCCUCGACACACUCACGUGCCGUGCCCGUGAUCGUCAAACAGCAACAUUGUGUGAUGAGGCACAUGAAGGUCGCCAGGCAGGAAAAGUGUACAGCCGUGAGGACUUCUCAGCUGUGACACGCUUUGAAAGCCAUGGUGGUGGAUGGGGCUACUCCGGGCAUUCGAUUGAAGCUAUUCGGUUCAUGGCAGACACUGACAUCCUUCUUGGUGGCUAUGGACUUUUUGGUGGUCGAGGAGAGUAUACAGGAAAGAUUAAGUUAUUUGACAUUGGUGUUGAUGGAGGUGAGCAGGAAAUUGAUGGAGAGAUGCUAGCUGAGACAGAGGAAGUUCCUUAUGAAUGCGGUCCACGUCAGAAGUAUCCCAUGCUCUUUGAAGAACCCAUUCCCUUGCAGGCUAAUAGGUGGUAUGUAGCUUGGGCACGAGUAAGUGGACCAUCAAGUGACUGUGGUUCAAGCGGACAAGGGAUGGUAACAACAGAAGACCAGGUAGUUUUUUACUUUAAAUCAUCAAAAAAAUCAAACAAUGGAACAGAUGUUAAUGCAGGGCAGAUUCCACAGCUCCUGUACCGUAUUGUUACACCUGAAAAUCAAGCACCAAACCGCCAGCUGGACCAGUCAGAACCUGUAUAUAUACUGAGUAGAGAAUUCUCUCAUUCCGUGUCAAGGGAAUGCUUCCAGUCACUCCUGGCUCUUCUACAGUGGAGCUGGAAUACUUUCAAAGCUGCUGUCAUGGACAUCACUCAUUUGAAUGGCACGACAUCAGGACAGCUAGCAGCGAUGCUGGAUUUAGAAAAGCUCAUGUAUAUCAGCAGGGCAACACUUAGACUUCUGCGUACAUAUACAAAUGAGAUAUACCCAAAUCAAGUUGGUUCAAAGAAACUUCAAACUGAAUCAGUUCGUUUGGCAGAAUGUAUUGGGGAUGUAAGAGCACUGUUGAGGCAGAUUCUAUCAGAUCACUUGCCUAGUUUUCACAUUCCACGAAAAAGUGGGAAAGUACGGAAUCAGAAAGGCUCAACUCCCUACAUGAAAAUGACAACGAGUAUAUUACAGGAGUGCCAUCAGACAUUUGUCUCUUGUUUUCAUGCAUUUUAUCCCACAGCUUAUUUGAAGUGGACUUCUCUGUGUGAUCUCUUAGCAAGUAUGGAUAAGGCUCCUGGAGAAAUUACAGCCAAUUUGGAUCAGUUGUUAAGUGCGGUAUUAGCUGCACUGUGUAGUCCAACUGUUCGACUGCGUUCAACAUUUCCUAUAUUAUGUGGCACCCUGGAUGCAUCUGAUGUGUCUCUCAGACGACAGCUUAGUCCCUCUGACAAUACAGGUUUACCAAUGGUUCCCAGUAUUGAUGGACACCAUUAUCCUAUACUUGUAGAACAAAUGAGCUACAGGAGUCAGCUGGAAGGCAGUUGCAUAGUAAAUAACUGGGUCUUCAGAGAUGUUCUUGACAGGUUACUGGAUUUAGUCACUAUUCCUGUAAAGCAAGCACUGUGCCAGGAGAGAGUGACUCGCUCCCAAGAACUAAUAAAGAAUUGCUGUCACCUUCUGGCACGUAUAAUUGCAGAGUUGGCAUCUCAGUCAAGUGGAACAGAUGAGGACAUACAGGGGGCAUGUGGAAGAGUUCUUCACACAUUGCCAUCUCGGUUCACCCGCACCAAUCAAAGCCGUACAUGGAACACAGGAAAUGGGUCUCCUGAUGCCAUUUGCUUUUCUGUUGACAGACCUGGUAUAGUCAUUGCAGGUGUCUGUGUUUAUGGAGGUGCUGGCACUUAUGAAUAUGAACUGGAACUUUUAGAUGAUCAAAAUAGUGUUGGCAAUGAUCCAUCACAUACACAACGAUGGAACAGUCUGGAAAUGGCACGUGGGACAUUUGGUCCAGAUGAUUGUGUAGCUGAUGUAGCAGAAAUUAAGUUUGACAAACCAGUGCCCAUAAAGGAGAAUGUAAAGUAUGCAAUUCGACUGAGAAAUCAUGGAGGACGUACAAGCAAUGGUGAUGGUGGCCUAAGUUCUGUAAAAGGACCAGAUGGGACUAUAUUCAUGUUCUCUACUUGUUCCCUCAGUUUCAAUGGAACAACACAGUCAAGAGGUCAGAUCCCUCAAAUAUUAUAUUACAGCAAUCCGUUGGACAGGGAGAGUCAACAGACCAGCAAAGCUUGGGCAGAACUUCAAGCUUGUAAAUGCACACUGUCAAUGUCAGCAGCCAUAGUUCAGCGCUGUAAUGACUUGAUGGCUCUUGGCAGAGAGAGAGCUGAAGAUGUGCUUGCUACUGAAGUUCUUGGUAACGCGUGCAUUGUCACUACACUUCUGCCACUUAUGCUGGCACAUAUCAGCCCUUUAGCUACUCUUGAUCCAAGGAGUGCUGUUCAAGUGUUGAGUCUUAUCCAAGAACUGUUGCCUCAUGUCUCGGCACUUAAUUUAAUGAGUUCUGGUAUGCACCAUUCAACUGGUUCUAUAGAAAGCACAGGCCCUGAUUCACAAGGUUAUUGUCCUUCUUCAUCUAUUAAUACAACGUCACACCAUUACGCUUGGGUUGAAAGUGAGCAUCCCUACAAACCAGCUACUGUAUCCAAUUACAGAGUGUCAUUUCCAGAAUGCGUGAAGUGGCUUUGCAUUGAAUUUGACCCACAGUGUGGUACAGCACAAGUGGAGGAUUCGCUACAGUUGUUCAUUCCUAGCAUUGGCGGUGGUAGUGGUAGUGGUGGAGCUCACUUACCUGGCAGGGGCUGUAUAACUUCACCCCUCUCCCCUUCCGGAGAUGAACCUGACAAUGAGACAACGCCAGUUCCAUACUGGCCAAUUCUCCACAGAUUCAGCAGAGGCAGUGCAAAUUGGCCACAGACAGCUAUUGUGCUUCCAGGAAAUGAAGUUAUAUUUUCUUUGGAAACAGCAUCUGAUUAUGUCAAAGAUGAAAAAGCCUGUUACUAUGGAUUUCGUUGUCUAGUAAUUGGUUAUGAGUGGCAUGUUAUCCCAGGAGAUGGUCUGAAACACCUUGAAACAGAACUUGCAUUUCUAGGUGGGAUGUGUGCAGCUUCACUUAUGAAAAAAGAUUUGCUUCUGCCUCCUACGUCUGUUGAAGAAAUGAAUGAAGAUUUGGAGUCAGUGGAAGAAUUUGCUCAGCAAGUCUACAACAGCAAUUCUGCUCUACUUGGCAAAGGCUUUGCCCUUGCUAGCCCACCUACAAUUGCCCAAGCACUUGAAGGAAUUCUUCCAUUCAGAGUUCACGAAUGUAAUGUGCUGCAGCGGUCCACGGCACAGUGCGAGCUGUUUGUUUUGACUGCAGGCCGGCCUCCUAGCGGAGUGUUUUCCUGGGCCGCAGACGAGCAGCGCCCACGGGCAGUGACGUGGUGCUCAGUCGCCGCUGAUUCACUGCCACCCGCCGCUUCCGCGCCUCCGCACUGCCGUCUGUGA